AUGGAUGUUGAUGAUAAGGAGUUAAUUACGGAAAUUAAAGUUGACUAUCAAUGGAAGCCUAAGGUGUGCAAUGUUUGCAAAGUUUUUGGGCAUAGUGAUGCUACUUGCCCAAUAUUGACAAGGAAUGGAAUAUGGAAGCCUAAACAAUCCGCACAGAAUGUUACAAAUGAUAUAAACGAGAAAGGCAAAGCCAUAGUGACUGUAGUGGAAUUGGCUACCAAGGAAUAUUCUAAUGAUCCAAAAUGUAGCUACAAUGAUCAAGAUCAAGCUCAAAGUGAUUUGGCAGAGCAGACCAUUCAAGAGGAUAUUCAGAUCCCCCACCACAUAAUUGUUUUAACCAAUAUCUCCAUUGUUGACCCAUACUUACCCUUAGACUUUGUUGAGGAAAUCAUAGAUAACGCUUUCGAUUUGGGGCUUUCGAUGGUAGACAAUUUUCAGAAUAUGGAAAGAAACAUACUCUCAAUGAUCGUGAAAAUUAGAGUACUUUUUAUCGUACCCUCAAUUGACAGGGACGAGGAGGAGGAAAUUGCUUCUAUCAGAUCAGCAACGAAAUCAUCUAUUGAAGUAUUGAAGAAGGUGACACUCAAACUCGAUGAUUCUUGUUCAAAAAGAGAAUGUGCAAUUUGUUUGGAGACGUUUUGUGCGGGGUUGGAGGUCACUCGCAUGCCAUGCUCGCAUAUGUUUCAUGGCAAUUGCAUUGCCCGAUGGUUGGAGAAGAGUAGCUUGCGUCCCCUAUGCCGCUUUGCCAUGCCUGUUCACUAA